UCGUCCUUGACAACUUCUUACCCUUGUUCCUAUCGAUUGGUUGAUACGGAGCGAACAAAGCGCCGGCUAUACCCGGUAGCUUUGAACGUUCCUCUCGGCAUCGCGGCUAGCCACGAGAUAUAAAGGGAACACUUGAUUUGAUUCAGCAUGGGAUUGCCUUCCUAAACAGUCAUCUAACCUUUUUUCUACUCUGCAUUUACUAUCGAUAUGACACCGCCACGAAUGGCACCCGGUCAACGAGGAGGGUCUCCCCACCCUGCUACCCAGCAGCGUGGAGGAACUCCUCGAGGGCGAGGUGGCGCACGAGGUGGAGGAGCCGCUGGGCGACAAGGCGGGCCUAGCGUCCCCGUUGCAUCUGCUGUAGAGGCCAUCGGUGUUCGUCGUCCAGGAUUGAGUACUGCGGGUAGGGCAAGUACAGUUCGUGUAAAUGCAUGCGAAAUGAAUGUCCCUGACAUCACCGUUUACCAUUAUGACGUAGCGAUUAAGAAGACACUCAGGGCGGCUUUGAAAAUGCUGUUCAUCGAGGCUCUGCAAGUCCAGUACCCCGAUGUCUUUAUCAAAGCAGCUGUGUAUGAUGGGAAGAAGAAUUUGUAUACGAGCCAUAGGUUGGAUUUUGGUACUGGGAAUUCUCGCCAGUUCAACGUGACUAUGAUGCAAGGGACUGGCAUGUCCAAUUUCAAGAUCACCAUCACGAAGGUGAGAGAGAUUAACAUGGAAGUGCUUAGCAGGUACGUGGCUGGUCAGCAGUCAUGGGACAAAAACGUCUCUACUGCUCUUACAGCCUUGAACAUUGUGAUUCGGAUGGCGCCCUCUCUCACCUAUCCAUUCCAAGUGGGCUCGUUCUAUAGUGACAAGAUCAAGGUGCCGCUAGCCAAUACAGGGUUAGAAGCCUGGCAAGGGUACUUUCCGUCAGUUAGGCCCACUUUGAACCGUCUGAUCAUCAACAUCGAUAUUUCCACCGGCGUGAUGUUCAAACCUGGUUCGCUAAUGGAAACCUGUCUUGAAUUCUUCACCGGGAAUCGUGGAAACAAUCCAGACAGGUAUUUACGAACAUCUGGACCCCAGGCGUUAUCUCCGAUGCAGAGACAUCGUUUGCAAACAUUUCUUUUUGGCCUCAACGUCGAGGCCGAAUCGGCCGCAGGUGUAAGGAAAAAAUAUUCCAUUCACAAACUGUCUGAGCGAGAUGCUAUUUCGACUGUUUUCACUCCGGCUGGUGGUGCACAGACCAACGUGGCGCAAUACUACGCUCAGGCCAAUCGGCCUCUACGGCAUGCCAAUAUUAUCUGCAUCCAGACUGCGAAUGAUGCCGUGAUUCCUCUAGAGCGAUGUUACAUUUUACCCGGUCAGCUUUCUCGCGCUGAACUAUCUCUGGAUGCUACACGAGCCAUGGUCGAGUUUGCGACCAAAAACCCCGAUGACCAAUUGAGGGCAAUCAAGACUGGGAUUCAGGUUCAUUUUUUGUUCUACUAAUGUUAUUUACUCAUAUUCCCUCAGGUUCUUGCAUUUGGACAAUCCCGAUAUGUCCGCGACUUUGGACUAGACAUCAAGAAUGCUUCCUGACCUAUGGAUAUUCCAGCACAGAUCCUCAAUGCGCCGGAGCUCGAAUACGGACAAGGAUUCAAGCAAAAGUUGGUUUGACCGAGGGAUGAAGCUUGGAACCUGUAAUGUCAUGGAUACUUACUAAUAUCUAUAUUUAGUCUUCACUUUCUUCACUCUUCUUUUUAUUUUGAUGCAGUACAAGAAAUUUCUCGAUGUUUCUCUCUAAAUUUCUCCUGGUAUCUUUUAGAACUUUGCAAUAAUAUAAAACUGUAUGAAAAUACUAGAAGAAG